UACCAUCCUAAUACCAAACCCUAAACGUUAGCUGCUUGCAGAGCCGUUUGCUCCCAGAGUGCAAUACCAAACCAACGAUGACGUUCAAGAGAAGGAAUGGAGGGAGGAACAAGCAUGGCCGUGGGCAUGUCAAUUUCAUCCGCUGCUCCAACUGCGGCAAGUGCUGCCCGAAGGACAAAGCAAUCAAGAGAUUUCUGGUAAGGAACAUUGUUGAGCAAGCUGCCGUAAGGGAUGUCCAGGAAGCUUGUGCUUUUGAUAUGUACACCCUUCCCAAGCUUUACGUGAAGAUGCAGUACUGUGUCUCAUGUGCCAUUCACUCCAAAGUUGUCAGGGUGCGCUCACGUACUGAUAGGAGGAACCGUGAGCCUCCACAGCGAUUCAGGCGCCCAAGGGAUGAUCACCCAAAGGCUGGUCAAGCACCGCGCCCAGGUGGACCACCAACUGCUGCCCGCACUUAAAAUCUUCUUGAUACUGCUCAAUUAUUAGGCUUCGGAGCUUAGUUUUUCUCGAGUAUUAGUUAUGGGAUUUUAUAUGUCAUGCUGCCGUGGUGCCUCCUGGUUUUGACCUUUAUUAUCUGAAUUAGUUUUAUUAUAUUGGAACAAUGUGCUUGUUUAAUGUACUACAGAUGUUAUGGAUUAUGCAAAAAUUUCUCGGUUCCGUUUUUAAACUAUAUAUUUUGUAUGCCAAAGAAUAUUUAUAAUGUUUCA